UCGCUUAACAGACGUUCCACCACAAUACCAACUGCUGCGUAAAUUGCCAUAAUGAUUUUAAAUGAUAGGGAGUUCAAACUAAUAAGCGUCCAUUCACGAUAAAACAAAGGUUAGGUUUUCUCAUACGACAGCAAUCUGAAGGCUAAAAAUGCGUCUUGUAUGUUCAAGGGAACCAGUUGCUGACGUCACCACGUCAGCUGUCAACCAUAAGUUCACCGGAUCCAUCAGUGAUGGAAUCAACCGGUGAAUUAAAGAAUAUACCUAUUUACAACCAAUAACCAAAUGUCAUGUCUCAUCUGUGAACAACAAACGUGUACUUCAGAAAAAUUAAAAAUACAGGAUACUACACAGCCUAGGUGUUGUAAUGAAUUACUCUAAAAUUGAAUCUAAGUAUUCUUUAGAAAAUGAAAGUUUUUCUCCAAGCAUUGAAUACAGUACUAUCUUGUGCAUUAUUAUCUAUUAAAUUACUUCUUGCAUUAGUCAUAUUCCUAGUUUUGUCCUGUGGGCUAUUUUUACCAGUAUAUAUAAUCUAUUUGAGAAGAAAAUUUAAAAUAGAAAGAGAGAAAAAUCCAUCUACAAAGCUGAAAGUGGGAUUAUUUCAUCCCUAUUGUAAUGCUGGAGGGGGUGGUGAAAAAGUUCUCUGGGUUGCCAUUAAAGCACUACAAGAUAAGUACCCCAAUGCUGAAUUCUUUGUUUAUACUGGUGAUGUCGAAGUCACUCCACAGGAGAUUUUAGACAAGGUUUCACAGCGUUUAAAUGUAGAUGUAGGAAAAAAUAUAAAGUUUGUUUAUUUGCACAGACGUAAAUGGGUGGAAGGCGAAAGAUAUUUUGCAUUUACUCUUGCCUGCCAGGCUAUGGGAUCAAUGUAUUUAGGAUAUGAAGCCCUCACACAACUGCUCCCAGAUAUUUUUAUUGACACAACAGGAUAUACAUUUACAUUACCAAUAUUUAAGUAUCUUGGUGGAUGCAAGACUGGCUCUUAUAUCCAUUAUCCAACUAUAACCAAUGAAAUGUUGAAAAGAGUGUCUAAUCGGCACUCGCUCUAUAAUAAUCGAAGUAUAAUAGCUAGAAGUCCAAUUUUGACGAUGAUCAAACUGUUCUACUACAAUAUAUUUGCAUGUUGCUACUCAGCUGCUGGUCAGUGUUGUGAUAUCUCCCUAGUAAACUCGACAUUCACAUCAGAGCAUCUGUCGUUACUCUGGAACAGACCUCUACAUUUAGUUUACCCUCCCUGCGAGACUGAUCAUCUCAAAAAAAUUGUGAGGCCUAUAGAGAGGCCUGAGAAAAUCAGAAUCAUGUCAUUAGCACAAUUCAGACCAGAAAAAGACCAUCCAUUGCAGCUACAAGCAAUGUAUGAACUCAGAGAAAUAGUUCCAGAAGAGGUGUUCCACAAUGUCACCCUUGUGUUAUGCGGGAGUUGUCGUAAUAGCGAUGAUGCAAAGAGAGUCAAAGACCUCAAAGAUUUCAGCAUGCAUCUGAGUCUUGAGAAUAAUGUAGAGUUCAAAGUUAAUUUGACAUAUGAGGAGCUGUUGGAAGAAUUCAGGAAAGCAUACAUUGGAAUCCAUACAAUGCUGGAUGAACAUUUUGGGAUUAGUGUGGUUGAGCAAAUGGCAGCAGGGUUGAUUGUGGUAGCGCAUAGAUCAGGUGGACCUCUUUUGGAUAUUAUAGAAACUUCUGAAGGGUCAAGGUUAGGCUUCUUGGCACAAACGGGAGAAGAGUUUGCUCUUAUAAUAAAGUAUAUUUUAAAUCUCGAUGAAGAGGAAGUAAAUGAGAUUCGGGAAAAAGCACGAGCUUCAGUAGAUCGGUUUAAUAAAAGGAAAUUUGAGGAAGAAUUUUUGAGAGCUAUUGACCCAUUGUUCAAGUAAAAAGGCUGCCCAUAAAAAUACAAAGUUAAUUUAAACAUUUUUAGUAGAUAUAUAUUUAUCUUAUAAUGUUGUGAUACAUGUAAUAUAUUUAACAAAAUUUUA